GAAAUCGUGAAGCGUGAAAAUGGUAGAAAAGAGGGUUUGAGCUAAAACUGUCAGAGCGAAAUGGGUUUAGUAUUACAAAUCGAGUCUAAAACGCUCAAUCUAAACAUGAAUUUUAAAUUACAUUACAUUAAAAACUCAUUUUAUUAUGGUCCCCUAAACAUCCCCAAUGACCAUGUCAAAGCAUGGAGUGAGAAUGUCCUAUAUUCUGUGCCAUUAUUGCUUGAUAUGAACACCCAUGACUGAAUUAUAACCCCAACAAAUUUCAUGUGACAACUCUAGUAGUACAAAUUCAACUAUUUAUUAUCAGCCAUUAUAAAAUACACUAGAAACCAUAAAGCUGGGACAUAAAUAGGGAAGAAGAUAAGCCAUACCUUAGUUGGACCAAAACUCCACAGAAAGAAAGAGCAGAAAAAUAACAAAAGUUGAGCGGCUAUGGAGGGAAAAGAGCUGGAGAUGUUUGAAGUUGGUCCAUGCGAAUCUGCAUACAAGAUGGGGUUCUUGAUUGGCGAGAGGUUCUCUGAUACAAUAAAGAGUAGAUUAGACACCGACCUUGUUCUUCGUAACCAGCUCCUUCCUUUUGCUCAAUCCCCACAGUCACAGCCUCUAAUUGAAACUCUCUGCAAGAAUAACAAGACAAGGUUUCCAGCAUAUUGGGAUGAACUUGUUGGAAUGGCAGAAGGAAGUGGUGUGCCUAUUCUUGAGAUUAUUUUAAUCAACUUCAGGAAGGAGAUUCUUCCAUUUAUUCAGAAGGAAGUCCCUUUGGCAGUUGAUUGUUCGGAUGAUUGUUCGGAUGAUUGUUCUGAUCUUCUUGUCGUUAGUGAUAACAUGGCCAUUGCAGUACAUAAUGAAGAUGCCAACGUUACCCUGGUUGGCCACACCUAUUUGGUCAAAGGAAAACUGCAAAAUGGGCUAUCCUUUCUUGCUUACACGUAUGCAGGAGAGCUUCCGAGCUGCGCUUUUGGUUUCAAUGGUCAUGGACUGGCAUUUACCUUGAAUUCAGUGCCUCCAACCAAUGAUGAGAUUGCAGCUGGGGCAAUUGGACGAAAUUUUAUCUCCCGGGACAUCCUUGAAUCUACAAGCCUUGAAAAUGCAAUAUUUAGAAUUCGCUCAGCAGAAGUAUCCGUUGGGCACAGUUAUAAUCUGAUCGAUGUUCAGACAAGAAGAAUUGUGAAUGUAGAAACAGCAUCAAGGUUUAGAUAUUCAGUCAACGAGGUUGGGGGUACACCAUUUUUCCAUGCAAAUAUGUAUACCCAUCUUCAGGUUAACCAGGUACAAGAUGCAAACUCUACAAGCAGGCAGAAACGAGCUGAUGACCUGCCAAAAGGAUCAAAAAAUGAUUUCCUGUCGGUUCUAGGAGAUAUGGAUAACAAGAAAUAUCCUAUCUAUAUGAUAGGCCCUACGCUUUACACUCUGUGUACUGCUCUCAUUGACCUUGAUGAACAAACUCUAUCAAUUAUUCGAGGAAAUCCGAAGAAAAAUGUGAUAUCCCAUGUCUUCUCCAUGCCUUUGGUGGAGUUGAAGAAACCAUAAGCAUACUGUUGCCAGUGGCCAAAAUGAAGGCCAU